CCGCGCGCUCUGGGUCUCGCCUCGGAGAAACUGCGGCCGAGAAGCUGGAAUCAACAAAAAGUUUUCGUCGAUUUUUAAGAAGUAGCGGACUUUAGGGGGGUCCGGUGUGUUCGUGUUGUCUGGGGGGAACUGGGUGGUUCUGCUGUGUAUCGUUGAGUUCUCAGUUUUAAUCGCAGUUUGAUCAUGGAGACUCUCAGGGGGCUCCUUGCGCUGCUGUGCGUCCUCCUGGCUGGAGCGCAAACGAAUAACCAAAGAAACAAGUUUGCGGGCGCCACCGAUGUGGCCGCGUCCUGACUUGGAACUCAGGAGCGCUGCACUACAGUGACGAAGUCAUCAUCGUACGAGAGCUGAGUGAAAUGGCCACACAUCGUCAGGACUUGAAGGAUGACAUCGACACCAUCAACUACAUCGGCAAGGGCACAUACACCGACUGUGCCAUCAAGAGAGGCCUUGCUGAGCUGCUCGUUGAUGGCUCCCACUACCACGAGAACAAGUACAUCAUGGUGGUGACUGAUGGUCAUCCCAUCACUGGGUACAAAGAGCCGUGUGGAGGCGUGCAGGAGGCGGCUAAUGAAGCCAAGCAACAUGGAGUCAAAGUGUUCGCUGUCGCCGUCUCACCUGACCAGGAGGAAACCAGGCUGUCAAUCAUCGCCACAGACCACCAGUACAGACAGAACUUCACCGCUGCAGACGACUCCAGAUCCACCAAGAUGGAAACCAUUCGAACCAUCAUCGAUAUGAUCACAAACAAGACAGAGGAUGUGUGUUGCUCUUUUGACUGCAAUGCUAAAGGAGGGGUUAAAGGACCAGACGGACCGACUGGCGGAAAGGGAGAAACAGGUAGACCGGGUGCAGAGGGAGACCGCGGUUCCAGAGGAGAGAAGGGUGAUAGAGGAAACAAAGGCUACAAGGGAGACAAAGGACGUGUCUGAACCACCUGAGGAGGCAUCUGAAAAGCCACUCUAACAUGAACUGAGCCACACAUGAAGAAAACGUGGAGCACAAUCCAAUGACAUUUUACAAAUAUACUGAAACACUGCCUUUGACAGGGUGGCUCAUGAAACUGCAAUGUACUGACGUACUCAACCAAGCAAUACCUGAAGGACUAUAGGAAGAUGUUGUACAGUUGCUGUUCAAAUUGACUUAAAAAGUUUCAUUUUGCAGUUCUUGUCUAACUUUGCCAUUUGUUGAGGACUAUUGAAAAGUAACAAGUGAACAUUUUGGCUCUGUGUAAAUAAGAUGAAAGACAAAUAAUGUGAGUGCAAAGUUAAAAUUGUGACACUGUCAAUUCAAAAUGACAUCACUUUAUUCCUCUUGGCCUUUUAUAUUCCAACUGUGGUUCAUGGAUUUCAGAUUAAAUGACCUUGUUACACCCUG